AUGGACGGUUUUCUGAGUUUUCUACAAUGGAUUGUGCUCAUUGGUGUAAUAAAUAUCGCCUCUGGAUCAGGUCCCAGGUUUAGAGAUGCGCAACUUGUGGCACGUAUGGAGAAUUUAAACGUUUCUGAUGCUUCUGGAUUGGCGGCAAGUCGUAAGCACCGUGGCGUUCUCUACACUCACAACGAUGGCGACAAGAAUGACCCUUACCUCUAUGCAAUAAACGCUUCAAACGCAGCUAUUAUUUCCACUCUGAGAUUAUAUCCAGCUCAGAACCAGCGUUGGGAGGAUAUUGCUGUGGGUCCCUGUGGCACGACAAGCUGCAUUUACGUUGGAGAUAUGAUAGGAGCACAAACGAUUUAUCGGGUUGAAGAGCCCGACUUUAUUUACUCUGACCAGAUUCUGACAGACGUGUCCGCCAUUCAGUAUCGCUGGGACAGUCAUUCUGAUGUUUUGAUGGUAGAUAUACAUGGCAACGUAUAUCUUAUAUCAAAUCAAGAGCAUCAUAAUCACGGAAGACGUGUUGGUCUUCUAGCCGCCGAGAGUUGGAAUAGCAACCAUACAGUGAAUAUAACAACAAAUGUACACCUUCCUCACUUACAUCAUUUAAGCGACAACCACGAUCCCUCUUCUGGUGAUAUUUCACCAGAUGGCAAGCAGAUUCUACUAGUGUCAUUCAAUGACCACGCUUAUUACUGGAAAGUAGAAAAUGACGAUGUUUUGAGUUCACUAAGACACGCCCCUGUUUUCCUUCCAACUCGAACUCAUGGCGUUAUAGAGGGGAUCUGCUGGGACACCGAGGGACGUAAUUAUUACGAGAUUUCUGAGAGCCAUCAUGAACCGCCUCCACUGUACAUUUUCAAUCGUGUCUAA